GGAAAGGAAUUAACUAGCUCUCCAGCCAAGCAAAUCCUCUACUCACCAUGCUUCCUCCUGCCAUUCAUUUCUAUCUCAUUUCCCUUGCUUGCAUCCUAAUGAAAAGCUGUUUGGCUUUUAAAAAUGAUGCCACAGAAAUCCUUUAUUCACAUGUGGUUAAACCUGUUCCAGCACACCCCAGCAGCAACAGCACGAUGAAUCAAGCCAGAAAUGGAGGCAGGCAUUUCAGUAACACUGGACUGGAUCGGAACACUCGGGUUCAAGUGGGUUGCCGGGAACUGCGUUCCACCAAAUACAUCUCUGAUGGCCAGUGCACCAGCCUCAGCCCCCUGAAGGAGCUGGUGUGCGCUGGGGAGUGCCUGCCCCUGCCGCUGCUCCCCAACUGGAUCGGGGGAGGCUAUGGAACCAAGUACUGGAGCAGGAGAAGCUCCCAGGAGUGGAGGUGUGUCAACGACAAAACGCGCACCCAGAGGAUCCAGCUGCAGUGCCAAGAUGGCAGCACGCGCACCUACAAAAUCACCGUGGUCACCGCCUGCAAGUGUAAGCGGUACACUCGGCAGCACAACGAGUCCAGCCAUAACUUCGAGAGCAUGUCGCCUGCCGAGCCAGGCCAGCACCACAGAGAGCGGAAGAGAGCCAGCAGGCCCAGCAAGCACAGCAUGAGUUAGAACUCAGACUCUAAAACUGGACUGACUGGUAACCAUCUGCUUUACAGAUUUGAUUGCUUGGAAGACUCAAGUCUGCCAUUGCUAUUUUCUUACUUGAAAAUAUAUGAUUUCUGCUUUGAUCAAACCCAGCAUGCUGUCCUAAGUAUCAGGACCUUCUCUGGGAGUAGCUUUUCCUUUAUGCGUUUUUCAAGAUGUACACACAUCCAUGAGUGCAAUUUGUAUUUAAAUUCCAUGCAUCCUGUAGUUUUAAUUUCCCAUGAUUCUUGAAAGACCGGUGAUACUAUAUAUAUAUAUACACAGUGUACUAUAUGUUGAAUAAUCACUUUUUAAAAGAGAAAAGGGCUUCUUAGUUACCCUGCACUCCCCAACCCAUCCCCCUACCCAGCAAAUCCCUCCCAAACUGAAAAGUUAAAAAAAUUGUUGCCUUGAGUAUUUAUAAUAAUACUUCAGAAGGGUGCUUUUUCUUUUUCUUGGCAAUCUUCAUGGAACAGUUUAGCAGCCAUGAGUGAUCUUCCUUUGACAGAGUGAAAGACCUUGUGACAUUUCACUUCAAAAAUAAGCCCUGAAGCUUUUUACAGUCUCAUAGUAUGAAAUUAUACCCUGCAUGCUGACCCUCGCUUGGAAUGGAAUGCCAGAAAUGCAUGGCAGCAGCUAAUAAGUAAAGUUGAUUAACUAUUUAUUUGUCAAUGUUAUUAUUUAAUGAGCUUUUACAUGUGAUUUUUUUUUCAAAAUGUAAUUUUUUUAUGUUAUGAAGCUUUUUCAUGUACCUAAAUAUUUUCCUGUAUAAUUUGUGGUUGGUUUAGAAAGAUGUUGUAGAUAUGUAAAAUAAAUAUUUUAGUCUUCUUAUUACCUAUAUGUUGCAUCAUGAACUUUAUCAAUAGUAUGGAUCUUUUCAAAUCAAUAAGAUGCUUUGUAAAACUAAAAUAUGAAAUACUUUCUUGUUUAAUCUGUGCAAUCAGAAGGCAAUCUGACCUUCAAUUCCAUCAGUUUCUUUUAACAAAAAUAAA